AUGCACACCCAGGUAGAGGUCCCUCCACUGCAGGUGCCCAUGGCGUGCUCCCAAACCCUGCUCCUCUGCUUGCUGGCCCUGGCACUCCACGGAGGCUGGGGUGGGGCGGCCAGCACCCCAGGCUGCCACCUGCAUGCCUUCAACGUGACGGUGCGAAGUGACCGCCAAGGCACCUGCCAGGGCUCCCACGUGGCACAGGCCUGCGUGGGCCACUGCGAGUCCAGCGCCUUCCCCUCUCGGCUCUCCGUGCUGGUGGCCAGUGACUACCGCCACAACAUCACCUCUGUCUCACAGUGCUGCACCAUCCGAGGCAUGAGCAAGGUGAAGGUCCGGCUGCAAUGCGUGGGUGGCCAGUGGGAGGACCUGGACUUCUUCACGGCCAGGACCUGCCAGUGCGACAUGUGCCGCCUCUCGCGACACUAGACACUCCUGGU